AAAAAUCACAUACAAAUCAUUAUCAUAAUCAAGCUUAAUUAAGCAACAAUCAAACCCUAAACACACAACAAAUUACAAAAUGGCCAUUGCUAGGGCUAAAACCUUCACACAACAACUUCUAAAAGGGAGAUUCUUCAUGGCAUUCACAACCAUAAUAAUCCUCUCAUUCAUAGGAACCUCCUACAUAUUUGGUCUAUACUCAGGUGACAUAAAAACAACACUUGGAUAUGACCAAACUACCCUUAACCUCCUUAGUUUCUUCAAAGACCUAGGUGCUUACGUCAGCGUCCACGCUGGACUAAUCAUGGAGGUGGCCCCACCAUGGGUGAUCCUCUCAUUAGGAGCCAUGGUUAACUUUUUUGGCUACUUCAUGAUAUGGCUUUCCGUGACUCACAAGUUACCUAGACCACCGGUUUGGCUCAUGUGUCUAUAUAUAACCAUUGGGGCUAACUCAUUAGGGUUUGCUAAUACUGGUGCGGUUGUGCCUUGUGUUAAGAAUUUUCCCGAAAAUCGAGGUGUUGUGAUUGGUUUGUUGAAGUCUUAUAUUGGGUUAGGUGGUGCUGUUAUGGCUCAAUUGUAUCAUGCUUUGUAUGGGAAUGAUAAUGCAGCUGAUGGGGUUAUCUUGCUAAUUGCUUGGUUACCUGCUCUUGCUUUGUUGGUGUUUGCUUUUAGUGUAAGAGUUCUUCAGGCUGGUCCAAGGGAGAUUAAGAGGGAGAAGAUGUUUUUCAAUGGCAUCCUUUACAUGUCUUUGGCACUUGCAGGGUUCAUUAUGGUGAUGAUCUUGGUUCAAAAACAAGUCGAGUUCAACAAAGCCGGUUACGGCAUCACUACAGCCGUCAUCAUGCUCCUCCUCGUACUCCCUAUCUUCCUAGUCUUCCGAGAGGAAAUCUACACCGGUUCGAAAGCCAAGCUCGGCCUCACUAUUCCCCCACCCACCACCAUUUCCGAGAUGAAGAUCGUCCCAAACAACGACGAAUCUCCAUCAACAAACCAAACAACCACCAAUACGAGUAACAACAAAGACAACAACAACAACAACAAGACAAAAACCGUCUCAUGUUUCAAAAACGUGUUUCGUCCCCCACCUUUAGGGGAAGACCACACAAUCCUACAAGCCACAUUUAGCAUUGACAUGUUCAUUAUUUUUCUAGCCACAAUAUGUGGCAUAGGUGGUAACCUAGCCACAAUAGACAACUUAGGUCAAAUUGGUACAUCAUUAGGGUACCCUAAAAAAAGCAUUAGCACAUUUGUGUCCUUAAUAGGUAUUUGGCAAUACUUAGGACGUGUAUUAGGUGGCCUAAUCUCAGAAUACUUAUUAAAAUACAAAUGCCCUAGACCUUUAAGCCUAACCAUAGUCCUCUUCUUAUCAUGCAUAGCUCACCUUCUCAUAGCCUUCAACGCACCGUACGGUCUAUACAUAGCGUCAAUUAUCAUGGCAUUUUGCUUUGGUGCAGAGUGGACUUACCUAUACUCGAUAAUUUCUGAACUUUUUGGUCUCAAACAUUAUGCCACGUUGUACAACUACGGGUCGUUGGCGGCCCCACUCGGGUCGUACAUUUUUAACGUUAGGGUUGCGGGUUACUUGUACGACAAGGAAGGGUUACGGCAACUCGAGGCGUUAGGGCUUACAAGGAAGCAUGGUGAUGAGUUGCAUUGUGUUGGUGUUAAGUGUUAUCAAUUGGCUUAUAUUAUUAUCGCGGCGUCGACGUUUUUUACGGCGGUUGUGUCGUUGAUUUUGGUGGCUAGAACAAGGAAUUUUUAUAAGGAAGAUAUAUACAAGAGGUUCCAAGAUGGUGAAAAUAAUGAGGUUUCAAGAAGGAAUGAACAAGAGAUGGAUUGAUUUUAAUUCUUUUUACUAUAUUUUAUUAUUUUUCCGCAAAAUUGUAUACAUAAUACUUUUACCUUUCCAAAUAUAUAAGUCCAUCAUUCUAUUUUAAUUUGCCCAAAUUAAUUGUAUUCUUAUUUGUUUUUCUAUGAAACUAUAAAUCAAAAUUCUAUGC